AUGUUUAGAGCUUGUCCAAUUAUUAUGUUCAUAUUAAGAAAUAUGAUCUAUUUAAAUAUUGAUAAACAAAAGGAAAUGAUUGAAAAUGUAAAAAAAGAAUUAAAAGAAGUACAUCAAAUAAGUCAUCUUGAAUUAAGUGAAAAACAAUUUAAAAGUGUUAAUGAUUGGCUUAAACAACCCAUCGAUAUUCGGACAAUGAUUGGUUCUGAAACUAAUAUGAUUAUGAUUGAUUCUAUGAAAGAAAUGAAUGAACGAGAAGACCCAGGUAAUAUUAUUACAGAAAUUAUGAAAGAUUUUAUUGAAAUAAAAGAAAAUGCUAAUGGAAGAAGUUUUUGUUCGAAACUUGACAUUAUGCUAAAAGAACAAGAAGAACUUACUAAUGCUCCAAAUGACAUAGAUUCGAAUAUACAAAAAAGAUUUGAAGAUGACGUCACACCCUUUUCAGAUCCUUUUCCAGAUUCCCCAUCAGUUUAA